GUUCGAUCGAGAUACACGUUCGCCUAAACCGAAAUUCAUCAGAUUUGGACGUUCAGCUGGCAACAACCAAAAGUUUAUUCAAUUUGGGCGGACUCCUUCAAUGGAAUUAGUUGGGGGAGACCCCUCAACAGAAGUAGAAAAUUUGGAUGAUUUAAUUGAUGUUGUAGAAGGUCUAUAUCCAUCAGAAAGGUUAAGGCAACAACAAGAAUCACCUGCAAUGACUGCUGUUUAUUUAACAGCACCAAAAAGAGCACAAAAAUUUAUUAGAUUUGGCAAAAAAUGA